UUGUUACCUCUGUUCUAUAGAGGUGGAGAAAGUUCGAUGGUUUCAAUAUUUCCAGCCAUCUAUGGGGGACAGAGCGUUGCCACACUGAUGACAAUAGUGCACAAAAAUAUGCUACACAAAAAUACCAGAGUCAGUAGAUGGCUUGUGCGCAGAGGAGGAACAACAGACGACGGACUGCACACGGAGAGUCCGCGAUUUGCGUAAACAACAAGCAGGCAGGGGUUUCAUUUAAUGUACAACAAUGAAAAUACAUUUUCGCGAGCAAUACGGCACCAAAGGCGAAGAAAUUCUCUAUGUAACGCCAGCCGAUCAAAGCAAUAUUGUGCGCGUUCCUCUACGUGGCGAUAAGCUGGUGAUACAGGAGAAGUUUCUGCUCUUUCGUGUGCUACAGAGUGUCUUUCUGCCCAAAGGUUAUCCGGACUCGGUGUCUGAAGACUAUGUGGCAUAUCAAAUUUGGGACACGCUGCAGGCCUUCUGCAGCACCAUUUGCGGCACACUUUGUACGCAUGCCAUACUCAAGGGAUUGGGAGUGGGCAGCGAUAACGUUAAUGCCUAUUCGGCAACCGUUACCUGGAUACUGAAGGAGGGCAGCGGGCAUGUGGGGCGCAUCAUAUUCGCCUGGUGGCAGGGGUCUCAGUUGGAUGUAGACUCAAAGAAAUGGCGUUUGCGUGCCGAUUUUCUUAACGAUCUGGCUAUGGGCAUUGAAAUCUAUGUGCUUCCCAAGUAUCCACACUUCAGCACACAAAUCCUUUGCUGUUCUACGUUAUUAAAAGCGGUUGUAGGCGUGGCAGGCGGUGCAACGAGAGCGGCAUUGACUCAACAUCAUGCAGUGCGCGGCAAUUUGGCGGAUGUGGCUUCUAAGGACAGUUCACAGGAAACUUGUGUCAAUUUGGUGGCAUCCUUUGUGGGUCUGUAUCUGCUGACUCUAAUCAAGAGCCAAGCCAUGCUCUAUACCGUAUUCUACAUUGUGGUCACGCUGCAUCUUUAUGCCAAUCUCAAGGCAGUGCGUGCAGUUUGUCUGCGCACAUUUAAUGAAUCUCGUUAUUUGAUUGCACUAGAGGAGUUCUUUCGCUCAUCUCGCAUGCUAACGCCCGACCAGGUCAAUAAAAUGGAACGUGUGACGGUGGGACAAACAGUGUCAGUCUCACUAAACAUUCGCCUCGGGCUCAGUGUGAAGCAUUUGAUAGACGAGUACAAGAGCAGCAGUGUCAUUGAGAAUAUUGUCUCCUCGUUUGAUCCCCAUGAGCGUUUCAUCAUUGCGGAGAGCAAAAAGCACUUGGGUGUCUAUCUGCACUUCGAUACACGGGCUCAGGAUGUGCUGAAGGCGUACUUUUUUGCUGUCUCGUAUCUGCAGGACAGAAACCAGAUCAAGGAAAAGUAUUGGGAUAUUCAGGGCAAGUGGCAGGAGUUUUUAAAUCUUGCCCAAAAGGAGGGUUGGCUGGUCAAUCACCAUUUGCUGCUGGUGGAUGAGUAUCGCUUGGAUUGGAAGGUGUAGAGCGGAGGCCUCGAGCAUCCCAUUUUGGACCAAAGAUGAUACAACACGCUAGCAUGCUUGCAAUGAACCGAUAUUAUUUUAAUUUUCAUUUCAAUUAGGCUUAGAACGUUUUUACAAAGACACAACAUUCUCACAUAUCUCACAUGGUGUUCACCAUAAAAAUCAUAAGGCAAACGUUGAUAUUAAUUAAUAAUAGCAAAGUAUUGCAAUAAUUAAAACAUUCAUAUAUAAACACACGACAUAUAGAAUUAGUCUCAUGAAGAAUUCGCAAAUCGUUCGCACUAGUCCCAAAACAAAAAAAGAAAAAAUUAAACAAAUUUGAAAAUUGUAAAAUCGAAUAUACAAAACGUGAAACAUUCUUCCAACAAAUGUAAAUUCUGCCUUAGCAAAAAGUAACGUUUGUAAUCCGAUAUAAAUGUAUGUAUUCUAAUAAGACAAGAUGAACCUUAUGUCGAUUAACCAUUUUAACACAUUGUAGCUUGUUUUUAAAAACUUGAAGACAACACAAAAUCUAUUUUGUAACAACUUACCACAUAUUGUACAUGUACGUAUAUUUCGAAAAUGGUACUUUACCAAUAUCAAAAAACAAAAGACAAAAAUCUGCGCAACGAACGGGACGCUUCAAUUUGCAUUUCACGAAAUUGUACAAAGAUUUUAAGCUUAAUUUAACUUGAAUACAAAACGUGUAAUAUUAUUUAUAAGCUUCGAAUUAAUGAUUUAUGUAUAUUUCUAUUUAUUUGGCGUAAAGAGCAAGUCCAUUAGCUUAGCACUUAAAAUUAGCUUGAAAAUGCUUUCGUAUGAUGCAAAACUAGUAGUAAUGACGCAUAAACGCAAUUGAUUUUAAUAGAGGAAUAAAUACAAUUAUUUGAUA